AGGAUCUCUGCUUGCACUCUCAAGUACUCACUUCCACGUGCAGCUGGAGAUAUGGCUACCCGCUGGGGCAUCUGCAGCGCAGGGAAGAUCAGUCACGACUUCGUGGUGGCACUGAAGACCUUGCCUGCGAGUGAACAUCAGGUGGUUGCAGUGGCUGCUCGAGACAUCAUACAAAGUCAGAACUUUGCCAAAAAACAUGGCAUCCCACGAGUGUAUGGAAGUUAUGAAGAGCUGGCCAAAGAUCCAGAGAUAGACGUGGUGUACGUGGGCACUAUCCAUCCUCACCACCUGAGUGCAGGCCAGCUUUUCAUGACGGCUGGCAGGAGUGUACUGAUCGAGAAGCCGCUCGCUAUGAAUGCAGUCGAGGUGGCAGAGCUCAUCUCCACCGCACAGAACAGUAAUGUCUUUAUGAUGGAGGGCAUCUGGACGCGCUUCUUCCCUGUGUCAGUGGAGAUCCGGCGCCGCCUGGCUGCGGGGGAGGUGGGGGAGGUGCAGAUGGUGCAUGCCAACCUGGGCGCUCCCCUCAAACAUAUCCCUCGCCUGGUGGAGAGAGACCUGGGUGGAGGGGCCAUUCUGGAUCUGGGAGUCUACUGCCUGCAGUUUGUACUCAUGGCAUUCGACGGGGAGAAGCCAGAGUCUGUGCAUGCGGUUGGGAAUGAUUUCUCUCCAGGAGUUGAUGAAAGCAUGGUUAUUGUUCUGAAGUUUCCUGGCAAGAGGAUGGCGGUGUGCACCUGCUCCAUCUCCACGAUGCUGACUAACGAUGCUGUCAUCCAGGGGUCAAAGGGCAUCAUCAAAGUGCCGGACCACAUGUGGUGCCCCACAACAGUGGAGGUAAACGGGGAGGUGAGCGAGUACCCCCUCCCUGAGCCUCCAAUGCCCCUCAACUUCAUCCACAGCGCUGGCCUACGCUAUGAGGCUGAGGAGGCGCGCCGCUGCCUGCUUCAAGGGUUGAAAGAGUGUCCUGUGAUGUCAUGGUCACACUCCAGAGUCCUGGCUGACAUCAUGGAUGAGGCCAGAAGAGUGAUGAAAUGACACGACCAACAGAUGCAAACAAGGCCACUGCUGACUGUGCCUCCAACGCAAUCCGGACAAGCAGGAACGACUCAUCGCUGGGGUGUGAGCGUUUGGCAACGUUGGCUGCUUCUCACUACGUAGUGUGGAAGCAUAACAAGCAGGAGAGAGGAGAGACAUGAAUGCCUUCCGCUCCAAGACCUAUGAUCAGUCACUCACAUUUGUGUAAAUGAGUAAUGAAUCUAUCACAGGACAUCAGAUCCAGUGCUUGGUGCUUACUCAGACCAAACCCACUUUUGUUUAUGUUCUCCUGACUGAUUGCACACAUUUUUACCCAAUGUCAUACAAUACCGAUACAGUGUCAGUCCAAACUCCAAACACUCGUCUCUCUGCUUCUUUAAACAUUUUCAAAUCGGACCUAGGCCUACUCUUACACAACAUUCUUGAAAAUCCAUAGGCCUAAAUAUCUCAGAGUUUCUUUUUGGAGACAUGAACAUGGACUGUACAGUAAAAAAAACCAAAAGGAUUAUUACAGAGGUUGGUCUAUAACUUGAAUAAAGUUGAUGAUUUAAAAGGCAAGACUGUGAAACAUUAUUUUGACCCCACAAUAGAAGACCUUGAUACAAUAGACCUGUCAUGAGCAGCGAGUGAUUUCUAACAGAGACGUAAGCAAGGGACUUUGUUACAAUAGGCCCAUUGUCAAGUGUGAGAGAAAACAGCAUGGAACCGCUCAGUGUAGACCCAGGAGAAAUCACUCCACAACAAUAAAUGACUGCAUAACCAUGAUGACUUACUAAAGGAAGGGGCUGGGUUGUGAAUGAGGCCCAUUUCACAUGGCCUUGACCUAGCCAUAAUUAUUCUCAGUAGCAGUUACAGUUCUAUAGUACUUAUGUUACACUACCACAGAUAGGCCUACUUUUAGGCUGAGCUCAGUAACUUCUAUAGGCAAUUGCUUUUAUGACUGGUAGGCCUAUACCAAGGAAGGACUUGUU